AUGGCAGCGGAUGCUAUCCCAGCUCCCCAGCAGGGGGACCCAGCUGCUGCAGCACCCAGCCCCAGCAACCCCCCAGGGGAACCCAUGGAUGUGGAAUGUCCCAUCUGCUACCAGGAGUACAACCAGUACAACAAAUGUCCCCGGAUGCUGGAGUGUCUCCAUGUUUUCUGCACAGAUUGCCUACAGAGGAUCCAGCUCUGCCCCUGUGAGCCCCAAGAUCCCCACAGCCCACCAGCCAUCCCCUGCCCCCUCUGCCGCCACCUCACCCCCUUGGAGACCGGGAACGCCCUCUCUUUACCCAGCAACUCCCGCAUUCUGUCCAGGUUGCCCCCCGUGGCCUUCCACCUGCCUGUGGCCAUGGCAGCUCGCAUGGCCACGGUCACCCAGAGGGUGGUGCUCUCCCUGGAGGGCGACAGCAGGGACGCCCGUUUCAUCAUCCUGCCCACCGUCAGCCUCAGGGUGCAGCAGAUGCACCCAGACAGGCCUUAUGGCACGGCACCAGGCCUGGUGGGGGAAGAGGAAGUCAUACAGCAGAGCAGGAAGACACUGUUCUGUGUGCAACUGCUGGCUGUCAUCUUCUGGGUGCUGUUUGUGGUCACCUGUGUAGUCGGGGUGGUGUUUGGGCCACAUUUCUUAAACAGAAAACUUUAA